AUGCAGGGAGGUUUUCUGGACAAGGCGAUUUCCAAAGAAAAGGCUGAGAGGGUCAAGGUGAAGGAAGCGGGAAAGCACGAAUGGGAUGAAGGUACCAUCGACUCCACCGUGAAGAUCUUCCAGGAGAUUCUCAACGACCGCAACAAGCGAGCGAAGCAAGACCUGGAACGCAGGGUGCGGUCGGGCACUGGGGUUCGCGAGUUCCGUGGCAAGUGCUGCGGCGCCGCCGAUGACCCCGUGCCGGAGUCGGAGCAGGACAUUGCGUAUCGACUCAUAGAGGACUUUACGAAGCCCUCGGCGCUGCGUGAUGCGGCGGGACCCAUCAUGGAAUGGGCGCAGGAGAUUUUCGGCAACGUGAAACGGAAGGGGGCUCAAAGUGGCCAGACGAUGGAUACAGAAACGGAGAUCCAAGUGAUGAGAGAUGUGGUGAAGGAGUGUCUCAUUCGCUAUGUUGUGAAGCAGAUCAAUACGGAGAACAGCGAAGCAUUUGCUGCCAACAGCCACGAUGCGGGAUUGCUGGCAACCCCACAGGGCUACACCAUUGGGGACCUCGAGAGUUUGGAUGUGGAUUGCGUGAAGGGGUUGAUGGAGCAGGGCUAUGGAAUCCAGGAGAAUUUCCUGAAAGAUGACCUGGUGAACGACGUCUACCGGGAACUGGAAAUGAUCGACUUUGACGGCAAGCUCUCCAUCGUGCAACAGCAGAAGAUGGCGGGCAUUCGCAGUGACAAGAUCUGUUGGGUGAACUAUGAGGGAUUGGAGAGAGAGAAGCAACCAGGGCUGCUGGAGCUUUUCAAGAAGAUGAUCUCCAUCCCCUUCGAGCUGAACAAGAAAUGCAGCCUCUACUUGCAGGCCUCUGGAUCCUUUCAGCUGGCCUCUUAUCCGAAAGAGGCUUUCUACAAGAAGCACAUGGAUGGUGGCUACGACUCCAAGCUGAAUAACGGUAGGAAGGUGACCGCCAUCUUCUACGCGAACAAAGACUGGACAUCCAGUGAUGGAGGUCAGCUUCGUUUGUACAAGCAACGGCCCAAUCCUUUCCAGCUGGAGAAGGGCGCCACCGAGCCCAACGAAGAUGAGAUGGAGCACGAUAUCGACCCUGUGGGGGGUCGCCUGGUGCUUUUUCGCAGUCGAGACAUCCCGCACGAGGUCUUGCCCACCGGCCGAAAGCGUUUCGCCGUGUCUCUCUGGCUGCCUGGCCCUGCAGGGAAAAGAAAGCAGCGUCCGACGGCUCCAAAGCAACAGGACAAAAUGGACGGCAGCACGGGUGGUGUCGUUGGUGAGAUGUUGAAGGGAACUCGUGCCACGUAUGGCUUAGAGCCUCGCUGUGUCGAGGUGACAGCCACCGUGACGAAUCCCGAAGAUAGGGUAUUGAAGAAGGCCGGCGUCUUCGGCAAGGUGAACAACGGCGAGGAGGUGACCUCCGUCUUGGCCAAUGCCAUGGAUGGGGCGUCGGACAACGGCCAGUUCACGUUGGUUGAGGAGAUUCCUCCAGGCACCAACGAUAUCAAUUUCCGCUUCGUGGCUGCGCUGCCAAAGCGGUACAACAACAAGGAUUUGCCGCAGCUGGAAUUCUAUCAGUUGAAAGCCACCUGGUAUCCUGGUGCAGUGCGUUGGCAGCCCUUGACUGCUUGCGACCUGAACCCCACGGCAGAUGGAUGUGAAGAUGCUGAACGAUUUUGCAAAAACUGCAAAAACAACAUGUCGGACGAUGGGAAGCCGAUCUUCAACUGA